AUGUAUAAGGCGGUGACGUCGAGCGUGCCCGAGGGGCAGGCGAACGCGGAGACGAACGCGAGCGAGCUCGGAACGUCACCGAGCUGGAGAGAUUACGAGAGCACCUUUUCGAGGUUACUGCAGGACAACGGGCGCGCCGCGGCUGAGGGCGCCGAGGACCUCGUGCGCAGCGCGUCGGCGGUGGAUUUGUCGUACGGUAAGGGUGACACGGACAGCGCGCACAACUCGGGGCACUUUGGAUACGCCUCGCAUCAGGGUAAGAGCGGGUUCUUCGGCGCGUCGCGCGACGACGGCGCACUCGGAGCCGGGCGACACGGGCGCUCGAGCUCAUCGGCGGAGAACGGCGGGUUGUACCAAGACAGCGCCUUCGGUCUUCCGAGCGACUUGAACGGUACGCAUAUCGUUGGUGGUGAUUUGCAAGGCACGGCGGACGUCGUAAGCGCCUUCUCGAGCUUCGGCUUGGGUACGGAUGUUCCGUUACGACCAUCUACUGCGCCGCUACCGCCGCACGACGGCGGCAACUUUGCCGCUCCUCGUCAAGGCAACUUUGCGAACAUGGCUUCGCGUUUCGGCGCCGAGGUCAGUUCGCAGCAGGCGUCUGCGCAGAUGCCGGGUGGGGUGAACGCGUUCGGGGUCGGAAAUAUGGGAGUUGGCAUGGACAACCCUGCCAUGCUUCAGCUUCAGUUGCAGCAACUGCAACAGUUGCAACAGCUUCAGGGCAUGCAAUCUAUGCCGGGUGUGGACGCAUUCGGUGCGGCGGGUGCCGCAUCGGCUAUGCCGAACGGCAUGCCGAUGCAACAACCAGACAUGUCGCGGCUUCUGAACUUUAACGCCGCUGGCAUGCCAAACGGUGGUACGGGUUACGGAGUGAACGGUCAACCGCAGUCCAUGGCCGAGGUCUACCAGGCUGCGUACGCCGCCGCGUUCUACGCGCAACAGCAACAAUUACAGAGCUUGAUGCGCAUGCAGCAGCAAGUUCCGGGUCUCAUGCAGCAGAACUUGACCGCAGCGCAGCUUCAGCAGCUCGGUAUGGACGGCGGCAUGAACGGUAACGAGAACGGGAUGUACGGACGAAUGAAUGGUCGAGAUGACCGUUCUCGCGUCGGUAGAACGAUGGGACGAAACCGUUCGGGUGAUCGAGGUGAUCGAAACGGCGGUGGAUCUCAGUCGCUGUCAGGUUCUGUCGCGCGCUCUGACUCGCCGCCAUCGGACGCUGAAAUCGCGGAAAUGGACAACCGUUUCGUCUCCGUUGAGAACUGCGUUGGACAAAUCUCUGUUCUCGCACGCGAUCAGCACGGCUGCCGAUUCUUACAACGCAAGUUUGACGAAGAAGGCUCCAAGGCUGUCGAUCUCUGCUACGAUGAAAUCAUCGCCGAAGCUGUCGAACUCAUGAUGGAUCCGUUUGGGAACUAUCUGGUUCAAAAGUUGAUUGAAUGCUGCAGCGAUGAACAACGUUCUGGGGUGUUGCGCGCGGUCUCUGUCGUGAAGGCUGAUAAUCCGGAUGGUCUGCCCGAACUCGUCACUAUCGCUUUGAACACGCACGGUACUCGCGCGGUUCAAAAGUUGAUUGAGAUGCUCAACUCUCCGGAAGAAGUUUCUCUCGCGACGACCGCUCUGCGACCUGGUGUCGUUACCUUGAUCAAGGACUUGAAUGGCAACCACGUAAUUCAGCGUUGCCUUCAAAGACUGUCGUGUGACGACAAUCAGUUCAUCUAUGACGCCGCAAAGGUGCACUGCGUGGAGAUUGCAACUCACCGACAUGGUUGUUGCGUUCUUCAGCGUUGCAUCGAUCACGCGACUGAGGAACAACGUCGUCCGCUGGUGCACGAAAUCGCUUCUCAGGCGCUCGUGCUCUCCCAAGACCCUUUUGGCAACUAUGUCGUCCAGUAUAUUUUGGAUCUGGGCUUGUCUUGGGCCAACGGCGAGGUCAUGACGCAACUCCUCGGCAACUACGCCGAGCUUAGUAUGCAAAAGUUCAGCUCUAACGUCGUGGAGAAGUGCCUCAAGCUUGCCGACGCGUCUCUUGAGAAGAACCGUAACACAGUGGUGCGAGAAAUCAUGCAGUCACCACUGUUGGAUCGUCUUCUCAUGGACCCGUAUGGUAACUAUGUAGUGCAGUCAACGCUCACUGUGACGAAGGGUGUGCUUCACACCGAACUCGUCGAGCGCAUCAGACCGCACUUACCGUUGAUCAAAAAUAGUCCGUUUGGUAAGCGGAUUUUACGAUUACUCCUGGAGAACAAGAAGUAG